AUGCAUACGUUCACUGUGUCUCACUCUCAUGCCUCCUCUUCUCAAUUAUUUGCACACUAGUCAAUAUCUCUUUCUCUUUCCUAACGUUCCAUUUACCAUGAGCUGUCAUUAUAAUGAUCUCAUGUAGGCUACUCAACAUUUGUAUAAUAGGCAAUAACAACUCCCUAAGAUAAGUUUCGCACCCCGAAUCCAAAUACGCUGCCAUAAAAAUUAAUCCAGUAUCUCCAUGCCGGAUUGUAUAUAUCUUCUUACUCUUGUUUUUAAUAUUAUAUAUGAGAGAAAACCUGCCCUCAAAACCAGCAACAAUUACCGCAGCUGGAAGACAACCGAUGUAAUUAGCGUCAGUAGCUCUGAUAACGUUCAGCCACCGGACGAGGAUAAUAAAACUAUCUCCUAAAUUUUGUGGUAAGGCACGCGCACAACUUGCCGCUCCGUCUCCUCUGGCCUUCCAAUAAAACUUUCAUCCAUAUUGCGCCGGGCUGUCGUCCGCGCUGUUCCUUCAUGCAGCGCAAGUAACAAGUGGCCAGAUUGAAAUCGAGGGAAUGGCUGUCCACACGAGCUGCCUACUGCUUUUCUUAGGGUGGCUGAGGGCAGUGGGGGGAUUCCCUUACAGAUGGAGGUGGGGGAUGUGGGGGCAGUUGGAAGCACGGAGAAGUGUUGUGGUAGCAGUGUGGUCAUGGGUGUUCGUGGUUACGCUCUCCACCCUUGCAUUGGCCUGUGUCUUCAAUACGCCCGUGUUUAAGGAAGGGGUCGCUGAUACCAGUGCUCGCAUCUUGAAUUAUGUCAAUUACAGUACCUCGAUACUCUUUUUAGUUUAUCUACGACUCCGGCAUUCCCGCCUGGCUUUAAUCCUCCGCCACCUGGAGGAUGCUGGUGUACCUCUACGCCGCCGGCUGGUUCACUGGGACGACGCUGUGCAGUUGACUUGUACCACAGGAAUGCUCGUUGGGCUAUCAGUGGCUACGUUCUCCUCCGUGAGUGACUUUUUCGUGCGCCCCCUGACGAGGCAGGUGGUGCUGUACCACAUCCCUGCCACCACUUGCGACAUAGCCAUAGAAAUCACUGCCCUCGUCCUCAGCCUUCUGCUCUACUUCAUACUUAAGGUUGUGAGUCUGGAGGGCGACGCUGCGGUGACUACAGCCACAGCUUCUACUCUCACCUGGAAAGCCGGGCUGGCAGGACCUCGCCUGCAGCUCCGAAAUGGUCGUGGGAGGAUGUGGAAAGGUUGUUCGGGACGUGGUCGCCUGCCCGUGGAAGAGGUGUUACGUCUGGUGUCCCGGCGCCUCUUGGAGCUAGACGACAUUGUGGAGCAGCUGGUGGAAUAUGGCGGGCCCCCAGCUGGUAUGAUUCUGUUGUGCAGCGCCUUGAAUGCCACUGUAAUGCUCUACCUUACCAUUUCCAAGUUCGACUACUACUACAUGGCAUUCAUCACCCUCAAGGUGCUGAGCAUCGUGCAAGUCACCUUUAUCCCGGACUGGUUGUGGUGCAAGAGAGAGGAGCAUCUGCGAUUAAUGCGGCGGCAACUCUCCACCAAUAUAUAUUGUGCCUCCGUCGAGGCUGCACUGAAGGACGUGGAGAAGGUGGUGGCUGGAGGAACGACCUUCAGGGUGUGUCGCCUCUUCACGCUGGACAGACACAUCAUCCUCUCAGUGGCCAGCUCAGUGGUAACUUACCUGGUUAUCGCGCUGCAAUUUGGAGUAUCGGAGACGCCCGGCCGCCGCUCCUUCUCGGCCAACUGCUCUCAAGUCUAGCCUCAGAUAUCUCCUCACCUACAAAAAGAAAAUACCAGUAUAUACGUACAUAUAUGUAGAUAAAUAGAUAGAUAGAUAGAUAGAUUGAUUGAUUGACAGAGAUAAAUAGGUGGAUGGAUAGAUGGAUAGC